AUGGAAGCGAACAAUGCUAACGUUGUUUCUAGUGAUACAUCUAAAAAGAAUAAUCCAAUACUUGUUUGGGAUACUACUACRUUUAUGGUGUUCAUUGAUUUGUGCAUGAAUGAGGUUAAAAAUGGGAAUAGACCUGGUAGCCACUUCAAUAAGCUUGGGUGGGGAAACAUAGAGAAGAAGAUUAAGGAAUGGACAAGAAAAUCUUUUGACAAGAAAGUCACUAACACACAGGGUGAUAAAGAUCUUGCCAAGUUUAGGGACGUUAAUUUGGAAAUUUAUCAAGUGUAUUAUGAGCCUUUAUUUCAGAAUUCCGUUGAUGUUGGAGAUAAGCCUAAGGCUCCCGUUGAAUGUCACUACAAUAGCGGUCCAACUAAUGUUGAAGAUGAAGAAGAUCAUGACGGGAAAGGAGAUAGUGAUGAAGUGAAUUUAGGCGACGAUGAUAAACAUCUUUUCCCUCAAAGUAGUUCGAGUAAAAGGAAGAAGUCGAAUAAUGUCGCUCCUACCCGUUCAACCAAGAGAAAAUCUUCUGUAACUUCUUCAUUUGAGGAUAAACUAGAUAACGUAUUGGAGGUACUAUCAUCACGAAACACAUAA